CGAGCACCGGGCUCCGGGGCGAGAGUCUCCCCGGAGACGGACAGCCAGUGGCCGCUGAGCGAGAACCGGGGAAGCCAGUAACGUGCGCGCCGACCCCCGACGGGCGCUGCGGUCCCCACGCGAGCGCCCACCGGCGUGUUGGCCCCGGCGCGGCUGCUCCAUCUGCCCUUAGGAAGGUCGAGACCCGGCCGAGGUCGCCAGUGAGGGCUGGGAGGAGACCCCGACGCCGGUUAAAUGUUGUGCACUCAGACCCAGCUCGGACAUCCCCUCCCCAGGGGCCAGCCUGCUCCAGAAGUGACCCUGCGUUGGCCCAGGGGGCCACUUUCUCACGCUCCUCGCUCCAGUACAUUGGUUACUUUUCUACAGCUUUCUCGAAGACUGGGGCAAAAAAAGCAGCGACUGUUGGAGGCAGCACGGCAGCAGAGCACAACAGACGGAGCCCAGACGCCUUCCGCCGUGGAGCCCUGCUUGGGGCCGCCGGCAACCCGGGGCCCCCAGUGCAGCAUCUAUUUUUCAAGCCCCAAAAGCCACUCUGCACAACUGGGAUCUGAGUUUUUCGACCAACCUGCAGUCCCCCUGGCACGGGCAUUCCUGGGACAGGUUUUGGUCCGGCGACUUGAUGAUGGCACAGAGCUCCGCGGCCGCAUUGUGGAGACGGAGGCGUACUUAGGGCCAGAGGAUGAGGCUGCCCAUUCGAGGGGCGGCCGGCAGACCCCCCGCAACCGUGGCAUGUUCAUGAAGCCCGGAACCCUGUACGUGUAUAUCAUCUAUGGCAUGUACUUCUGCAUGAACGUCUCCAGCCGAGGGGACGGUGCGUGCGUCCUGCUGCGAGCGCUGGAGCCCCUGGGGGGCCUGGAGACCAUGCGGCGGCUUCGUAGCACCGUCCGCAAGGGCGCUGCGGGCCGACCCCUCAAAGACCGUGAGCUGUGCAGCGGCCCUUCCAAGCUAUGCCAGGCCCUGGCCAUCGACAAGAGCUUCGAUCAGCGGGACCUGGCCACGGACGAGGCUGUGUGGCUGGAGCGCAGCCCCCCAGAGUCCAGGGAGCCAGCCGUGGUAGCAGCAGCCCGAGUGGGCAUUGGCCACGCAGGAGAGUGGGCCCAGAAGCCCCUGCGCUUCUACAUCCGGGGCAGCCCCUGGGUCAGUGUGGUGGACAGAGCGGCUGAACAGAAUGCACAGGCCUGAGCAAGGGCCUGCUCGGACAAGGCUUUUUAAUUGUUUAAAAACCAAAUAAAUGCUUUACGUCUAGAAAACAG